GGAUAGAAUUUAAGUUAGUGCAAAAAGUUGAAGACAUCGGCCUCUCAUUGGCAGAAAAACUGGUACCGACAAGAGAUGGGUACAAAACUGUGGCACUUUCCUCUGGGAAAGUAGAAAUGGAAGUGGCGUCUAUCAACCUGACACAACUGGAACAGUUAAGUUUACCAGACACCCGUAACAGCUCUUACAAAGGAAGUUCCUUGGAACAAAUUGGCAAAGUCGUAAUCCCUCUCGAGGCCUUUGCCUCUAAUACAUCAGAGCUUGGACAGGCAGUGUGGAUAAUGUUCGAUCCAUUGACGGCUAUGAACAACUCUGCCGAAAGUACAGUGAGUACUCGUAUUAUGAAUGUCAUUGCACAACCGCAUCGCACGCAAGAGUUUGAGAAACCAGUCGAAAUGACGUUUUGGCCUGCUCAGGCCAGUCAGAGUAACGAACAUUGUGUAUUUUGGAAUCAGAGCGAGGGAAAUUACCACGGCAUCUGGUCGACAGGAGGUUGCCAAGUUGCUUAUAAAAACUAUUCUACAAUCACGUGCCAUUGUAAUCACUUAACUAGUUUUGCUGUUCUUACAAGGGUCACUCCACAUCAGCCCAGCGAAAAACACGAACUAUCGCUGUCGAUCAUUACCUAUGUGGGAUGUGGUCUGUCAGUACUUGGAUGUCUUCUAACAAUCCUGACCUAUGCAUUCUUACCGAGUCUUCGGUCGCAGAGAAUUCUUAUUCAUAUGAACUUGGUGAUUGCUAUUCUUUUGGCCCAAGUGUUGUUUUUGGUGGCGGUGUUUGCGGUGAGCCCGCAAACAUCAAGGGUGGCCUGUUACGGGAUUGCAGUAGGCCUGUUUUUCUUCUUAUUAUGUGUGUUCUCGUGGAUGUUAGCCGAAGGCCUCCAUAUCUAUUUCAUGGUAGUCAGAGUCUUUGAUUCUGGGAGAACAAGGAAGCUUUUUUACUUGCUUAUAGGAUGGGGUUUUCCAUUUAUUGUUACUGUGGUUGUGGUUUCAUUUUUUCAAAGGGGACUUCUCUCCAGAGAUCUAUGCUGGCUUUCAAUUGAGACUGGAGCCAUUUGGAGUUUUGUUGGUCCACUCAUCUUUGUCAUGCUGUUUAAUCUGGUCAUUGUAACCAUGGUGAUGAGUGUUACAUCUAAAAUGUUAAAUGAAGAGAGGCCAUCCAAUGUUAGGUCUUUGACAAAAGCCUUCGUCACCCUUCUUCCUAUUCUGGGUCUGACAUGGGUGUUUGGUCUUCUUGCUGUCAACAAUAACUCCAUAGUAUUUGAAUACCUUUUUGCAAUAUUCAAUUCCUCGCAGGGCUUCCUUAUUUUUCUCUUCUACUGCUUGAAAAAUUCAGAGGUUCGUAAAGAAUUUAAAAGGAAACUGCACAAUCUACGUGCGCAGAGGCAUCCCUCUUCUCAAAAUCCGUCGAACACUCCAAGAUCUACGCCGGCAGAAAUUGAAGUGCCAGGACCUUGCCCUCAGCAGGAGAACAUAACACGAGAUAAGGGCUUUGAAACAAGACUAUGACCAUAUUUAUUUUGUCUUACUUACUUUCUAAAACAACUGAAGUAUUUACACGUUUCUUCACGACUUUUUAGCCCAAGCCAUUAGCCCAGUCUUUAAAAUGGAAGAUGUGAAAUAUGUUUCGUUGCUACUGCUGAUUUAUACGUCGAAGAACAUAGUUUUGACGAACUUGCCCUUGCUUGGCUGAACUUGAACAAACUACAGACAGAGACUACUUAAGUAUUUAUAGGUUAUCCUCGUCUAAACUCGAGAAAAGUCCCUCGUGGAUUUCUUUGAUAAGAUCAACAUACCGGUAAGACAGGCCACCUUUUGUAAAACGAGAUAGGAACUACACUGAUGAAAUUUGACGGAACGCCGCAAGAUCAAAUGAUUCCCAUAUGAGUCAAAGCAACUAUUAUUGUUAAAGAACCAGAUUUUAAAGGGGGAUUUUCGAACGUGGAGCAAGAAGGCAGCUAGAGUAAGGAUAGUUCUACAAAACAUAGCAUGGAAAUAUAUAUAUGUAUAUAUAUGUAUAUGAAAAAGUGUGAAAAAAAAGUUAAAAAUUCCUGAGUUGAAUUUGUUGUAGAACAGGUAGAACUUCAAUCGGCGAAAACCUCAUCAACAUAGAUGCAUUGAGGAAGACAGCUGACAAAACCAGAACAGUCUGUUUGACAAAACAACAAGGGUAGGGCAGAUAAUUGAUUAGCUCCAGCAAGAGGCGCCUGUGAGGGGCUGUGAUAGAAAUUCCAUAUGCAUCUAAAAUGGUGUGUAAAUUCACGGCUUAUCUUUCCAAGUUACAGAUCAAGAAGAUGACUCAAAGGGAUGUUGGGUAUAGUUCUCAUGACGUAAAAGCAGUUCAACGGGCGCUUAAAAAACACCACUAUGAAAGUUAUGACCCUGGCUCCGCCAUUAAAUAACCACUGAGACCCCAGGAAUGUAGACUCCUAGUACUAGAUAGUCAGCCUUUUCCGGGUAAAAUGGGUAAACGACAAAGAAUAAAUGGGUUCCAUGUGCCUGUCCCAUUUAAAACCUGGUAUAGAUUUGUAUCCGACCUAAAAAGUGCAGCCAUCUGUCCGCUGUACUUGCCUCUAACAGUAAUCAAAGUAUGGUCAAUGAAAAACUGCCUUAACACCUCGUUAACGAAUUCUGUUGAAAUAGCAAGACAAUUGAACAACA